GCACUCUCCCGUCACUGCCCGUCACGAACUUGUCACUGUAGGCCGGCCAACGAGCACGUCCCGGUCACACCAGGAUCACAGCGCAUCCAGGACGGUACCACUGCCGUACCAGGAGAAAUACACAGAAUUUGCUGCCAGUUCACCAUGAUGGAAGCAGUGCCACCAGCCACUCCUCUUUCCAACAGCUCCAGACGACGGGCGAGAGAAAAUGAAACACCCAGCCAGAGAGUGAAGCGAGAAAAGGCUGCUGAGCGUCAGCGACGGAAACGCGAGCGAGAUAGGGCAAUAGGCCUAGGUCUCGUCGUUCUUCACCAGCAGCAACCAUCCGCAUCUCAACCUGCAGCAGCCCAGCAAUCCCAAUCCCAACCAGCACCAGCACCAGAGUUCGUCACCCACGAGAUGACCGCCGACGAAAUUGCUCGUCGCGAUCGCGUUCGCGCUGCAGCUAGAGAACGCCAACGAAAGCACCGUCAGCUUGUCAAACAACGCAAACUGCGCGAGCUCGGCUUGGACAUGGGCAACGAGCUCCUUCAGGGCAUGGAUGAAGUCCAAUACCGCGUGGAAGAGGAACAGUAUCAGCAGGUGCUCGGCGAGCUUUCGCAACAACAACCUGCAUUGGCGCCGCAUGAACCUCCAUUCCCGAACGGCCAGCAACACGGUGGCCAGACGUUUGCCACCACCCUUCUUCUGUCUUUCUCCUGCGCGCCAUUGCUUAAGCAACAUCUGCUACGGACUCUCAAUAUGUCGAACGAGGAGCUCGCGUCAUUUGAACCUAUCAUUGCCGACGCGUGGGAUCAGUGGAAUCACCAGCGUCAGUUACACUACGAGCAGCAGGCAGCAGCGGCAGCCAACGGUGGACCUCCCCCUCCACCCGCAUUUACCGUCGAUAUUGAGCAUAACACCUCUGUCUACCAGCAGCCUCCACCGCCGGCGGAUCCAACUAAUGAGUUCCGAGCACGGUUCCAUCGUUCUCUCAUUGCACCGUCCCCGUUUCAGACAUCAUCACAACCACCCAGCACUCCUGCAUCUGGAUCCGUUCCAGAUCAGAUCGACCCGCAUCUCGCCGCGCCUGGCACCAAAGAAGAGAGUUGAGUAUAUUUACAUUUCUCUGUUAAAUGAAUGGACAUGGUUGCGUUAUUCAUACGUGUAUAUCUUAAUUUUUCUUCAAUCCAUUCUGUAAACCAUGGUUGACAACAUCUUGUACUUUUUUUGAGAAACUUAAAAGAAUAGAGGUAGCAAG